CACACCUCCCCAGGCACCCACACGUCCUGCUGUCAAGGAUGUAGAUGUAUUUGAAGGCUGUCGACAUGACCGCCAGCCUUUUCCUCUUUCAACAUGCCUGCAGCGAUGCACCUCACUGUGCUUGUGUCCCUGUUUGCAGUGACUCUCUCUACAAACGCCACCACUUCCUCAGCCGCUAAACUUGAAAAGGACAUAACCACAGCUGUUGCACACCAUUCUAGUUUGUCUGCAAAGAAAACUAGUUUAUUCUAUCUGACAACGAACAACACUCAACAGCCUCCAACAACAACACACCAGAUUACCACUGCUGUCUCUUCAGAAAACAUUUCAUCAUUCCCACCGUCCUUGACUUCCCCACAAACACCCAACAGGACAGAGGAAACGCAUCCCAGUCUCACUCCUCCACAGACUACAACGACCAACCAGACGUCUAACGAGACCGUUUUCCAUGGAUCAACACUCUCUCCGACACCAGAAUCACCAAACAUUACUGCAACCACCACUGUAAACGUAACCAGCCCAGGUCUUUCACCUGGGUGGGAAAAAGGUGACUUAGCAGCAAAUCCCGGCCUCGUGGCUAUCCUUUGCAUCUUCUGUAUCAUCCUCGUCCUUGUGCUGGUGGUUGUCAUCGUUAAAUGCAUCCAAUCACCAAGGUCCAACUUCGAGAGGCUUGAGGACGUGCCGAUGAGCAAAGUCAACGAGGAGUCUCCAUUUGCCCAGUACUCAAAAUGAAAAAGGGGGCUUCAGACACUGAUAUCCAGGAGGAGUCCAGUGUGCUGUACAACUCUUAUUUCUUUACAAAAUACUUUUCUCAAUGACAGUGGAGUAUUUCUGACAUUUGACCUGCUUGUUUGGCGGCUUUUAAUUCUGCUGAUUUGAAGCUGAAUCAACUCUUUCUCCGUAAUUUCUUGUGAAAAGAGAAUCGGCCUAAAAAGCAU